GAGAGCGGAUAUAGUGAUUGCGGGGUCCGGGAGAGCGGUUAUAGUGAAUGCAGGGUACGGGGAGAGCGGAUAUAGUGAAUGCAGGGUCCGGGGAGAGCGGAUAUAGUGAAUGCGGGGUCCGGGGAGAGCGGAUAUAGUGAAUGCGGGGUCCCGGGAGAGCGGAUAUAGUGAAUGCGGGGUCCGGGGAGAGCGGAUAUAGUGAAUGCUAGAGUGGGAAGGGGUCCGGGGAGAGCAGAUAUAGUGAAUGCAGGGUCCCGGAGAGCGGAUAUAGUGAAUGCAGGGUCCGGGGAGAGCGGAUAUAGUGAAUGCAGGUCCGGGGAGAGCGGAUAUAGUGAAUGCGGGGUCCGGGGAGAGCGGAUAUAGUGAAUGCGGGGUCCGGGGAGAGCGGAUAUAGUGAAUGCGGGGUCUGGGGGAUACAGAAA